CGAAAGUACGAUACAAGUCGCCAAGAUUUUCGACCGGCAGUAUCACUCACCCUCCAAGGUGUUGAAGUUGGAGGACGACCCUUGGGGGUCAUGUGCCAUGUACUCCCCGGACAAGAUGAAAUCCGGUGGAGGGCUCAUGGCUCCGCCUGGCUGCUUUCCAGGCCGGUACAGUCCAACGUACCGCAGCACCGACCCGCGGCGGUGCGUGCCUAACCCAUCCAGUCGAAUAUUGGAGGAUGCAUCGUUGAUGUGCAAUUCUUGGUCACCACGUCACAAUGGUGACUUAUUCAGCGGCCUCAACGAUGGUCUUCUCAGUAGGGCGGAGGCGCUGGCAGCAGUGGACAUCAGCAAACACCAGUCUGGUCCUCAGCCUGGGCCACCAUUGCCGCAACUCAAACACGACAUGGUUUACCAUCACGGAGUAGGAGGUCCUCCUCCGCACAAUGCAAGACCACAUCAGCCUUUCUUUUCACAGAUGGGACAUCACGGCAUGGAAGGGCUGGAUAUGCUGGAUCCUUUGACGUCUUCGUCUAUGACGACACUAGCGCCAAUGGGUGAGGCCGCUCCACCACAUCACCAGCUCCACGGCUACGGGGCAAUGAACCACGUUAUGAAUCACCAUCAUCAUGCCGGUGGGCUUACCCAUGCUCCUCCAGCUCACCUGGGGCAUCCAGCUGCUGCACUACAUCCGGACACAGACACAGAUCCUAGAGAACUAGAGGCUUUUGCAGAAAGAUUCAAACAGCGACGAAUUAAACUGGGCGUCACCCAAGCAGAUGUUGGGAAGGCGCUAGCCAAUUUGAAACUACCUGGAGUAGGUGCAUUAUCACAGAGUACGAUCUGUCGUUUCGAGAGUCUCACUUUAAGUCAUAACAACAUGAUAGCAUUGAAGCCCAUACUGCAAGCGUGGUUAGAGGAAGCGGAAGCACAAGCGAAAAAUAAAAGGCGAGACCCGGAUGCUCCGAGCGUCCUUCCAGCUGGCGAGAAAAAGCGCAAACGGACGUCUAUAGCCGCACCGGAGAAAAGGAGCCUUGAGGCAUACUUUGCAGUACAACCGAGACCAUCGGGCGAAAAAAUAACAGCCAUCGCGGAGAAAUUGGACCUGAAGAAGAAUGUGGUGCGCGUUUGGUUCUGUAAUCAGAGGCAGAAACAGAAACGCAUGAAAUUUGCGGCGCAGCACUGACCGGCGGGAGGCGGCGCGGCGCUGCUGUACCCGAGCUCCGGGUACGGGUACUGAGCCGCCCGCACAACCGGCCCCGGCCACCAACGGCCUCCAUGGCUUUUGCUGGCCUCCGCUGGUCACCAUCGGCCACCAUCGGCCACCACUGGCCACCACCGGCCACCACCGGCGCCCCUACCCGGCGACCUUUCGUGAGCAAUAAAGAUCUCGUUUCGAUCUCAAUCCUUCAACACUCCCCCAAGUCAAAGCAACUUAGUCACUAGUGUAGAUAUGUAAAAACCAAAUUGCGUUUCUUUUUACACUUUUACAAUGACUUCUUAUAUA